AUGGCGGCUGCUACACACCCAUAUCGGCAGAACUUGGGGACGGUCACACCUGUCACUUUAGCCUUUAAGGAGCAAGGGGAUACGGAAAGUGGUGACACUAGUCAAACCUCCUCGGAGCUGAAGAAACUAAUAGAUGAGCCAGAUCAUCCAGAAGACCCGCGACGGAUCCUUGAGGGGCUGCCGUCUCCUCAGGGGGUCCGCGGGCCGUUGCUGCAGCACAACAAGUCUGCAUCCUCACCGGCCAGCUCGUUAACAGGAACUCCCAGUUCAUCCAGAUCUCAACUUCAGGGUUCGGGCGCUAGCCCCAGCCUUGAGCUUCGUGGCGACGGCCACGCCAAGAGACGCCCCAAGUCCUUGGAUCUUUCGCAUUUAUUCCUCCUCAGUGAUAAGGAUACUCAAUUCACUUCCACAAAUGAAAGCGCUGCUGACCUUUCUCACAAGAUGAUCACCGAGUACUUAGGAGAGGCCCACAACUCAACCUUAGUCCCUCGCCUCAAAACAAUCGAGAUGUACAAGCAGAACGUGAAGAAAUCAAAGGAUCCCAACGUGCUAUUUCAGUACGCCCAAUAUAUGCUCCAGACCGCCUUAACGAUUGAUCCUUUGGCAGGGCAGGAUGAAACCACCAAGAAGGAAGAAGCAUCACAAGAAGAAAUGCGUAAGCAGUUUCUCAAAGAAGCUCAGCACUACUUAAAAAAACUGAGCGUGAAAGGAUACUCUGAUGCUCAGUACCUUCUUGGGGACGCAUACUCCUCCGGUGCAUUUGGGAAGGUUAACAACAAGGAUGCUUUUGUACUUUUCCAAUCUGCAGCGAAGCACGGUCAUGUUGAAAGUGCUUACAGAACGGCUCACUGCUUCGAAGAGGGUUUUGGGACCACGAGAGAUUCGCGUCGAGCGGUCGAAUUCCUGAAGUUUGCAGCCAGUAGAAACCACCCAUCUGCCAUGUUUAAGUUGGGCCUGUACUCUUUCUACGGCCGCAUGGGUCUUCCUCACGACGUGAACACAAAGCAGAACGGUAUCAAGUGGUUAUCCCGAGCCGCUGCGCGCGCUAACGAACUAACGAACGCGGCCCCUUACGAACUUGCCAAAAUCUAUCAAAACGGAUUUCUGGACAUCAUUAUACCCGACACGAAGUAUGCCAUGGAAUUAUAUAUACAAGCAGCAUCGUUAGGGCAUGCGCUGUCGUCUACAGCUUUGGGCCAGAUAUAUGAAGCAGGAAACGAGAUUGUGCCCGCAGACACUAGCCUCAGUGUUCAUUACUAUACGCAAGCAGCGAUGCAAGGUGAGCCUAGUGCGAUGUUAGGUUUGUGCGCUUGGUACCUGAUGGGGGCAGAACCAGCAUUUAAAAAAGAUGAGGAAGAAGCGUUCCAGUGGGCGCUUAGAGCUGCCAAGGCGGGGCUUCCCAAGGCCCAAUUCACCAUUGGCUACUUUUACGAGAAGGGUAAAGGUUGCGAACCCGACGCUGCUAGCGCCCGAAAGUGGUAUGAAAGAGCUGCCAAGAACCAGGACCCGCGUGCAAUUAGCAAGCUGGAGGGAGAAGGCCGCGUUUUAAGAAAACAGAAGAGUAUUUCCACCCUAAACCUGUUUUCGAAUAAUUCGUCGUCAAACUUGCUUCAGACAGACGACCGCAGCCGCUCUGGAUUAUCUCCUAAUUCUUCGUUUUCUCAAACUGGCAGGCAACCGUCGGAAGCUUACACUUCGAACGCUAGCAACACCAGCACCUCUCGCAAAGUGUCGGCCAACGGGCGGUCUGACCUGGGCGCUGGCAGUGAGACCAAGAACGCAGCAGGUCCUGCGGGCACGCUUGACCUUACAGACGCAGUUGUCACGAGCACUAAAAAGAAGGGGAAAUCCAAAAAGACGACGGCCUCGAGCACGCUUCCUACUUCUCAAGGAGAUAAAAAAGGCCAGUCUAAGAAGAAAAAAGAUAAAAAGUGUGUCAUAAUGUGA